AUGUUUAUAAUUUUAUUAUUGUAGAGUGUAUAUACAUUAAGACCAGACAAUUUUUUCUGUGGAUUGAGAUAAUAUUAUACCUAAGAAUCUUAUUUCUUGAUAGAUUAACAUAUUGAAAAGUAAUUUGAAUUUAUUUCACUUGAGCAAUAUACCAUAUAUUUUUACAAACAAAUCACCACAUUUUGCAUUAGAUAUCUAAUAGAACUAUUAACCAGCAUUAUCAAUAAUAAUAAUUCAUAUUUUCUCAUUAAUUUUCCUGAUGUCUAUAAAUUUGCUGAGAAUGCAAGUGAUUUAUAAUGGUUGUAGAUUUAAGAAUUCAAGGUUAAACAAAAUUAAACUAAGGUCGAUGUUCUAAAUUAAAAUGAUUAUUAUGGUUAUUAUGUAGAUAAAGCUGUUCAAGGUGGUCAUUUGUUAAUAUGUAAAUAAAAUCCCUAGAGACAAUUUUCAUUUGGUAAAACGAAUGCAGUUGAUAAAUUUCUGAAUCCUGGAUUUAUUCAUAUUUAUUUAUAUUGUAACUUGGACAUCAUAAGGAAAUGUUACUGA